ACCAAGGCGCUUCCAGCAUGCACCGCGACCCAGAGAAGCAUGCGCACUCUCCGCCGGGAGAAUCAAUACACUGGUUUGAGCGGUUGCUACGCGCAAGGAAUUGUGGAUUCUGCGGCAGUCAUUAGUCGACAGCAUUGGGUUUCAGAAGGCAAAGAUUUGCAGACAAACAUCAAGAAGUGGCAUUGUCACUUGAUCCAUUGAGACUUGAAUAUUGUCAGCCUUUGAACAUGGAAGCAAAAAGCACCAUUCAGAAUGGGGAGAAACCGUACACGUGUUCUGUGUGUGGGCGAGGCUUCAGCCGAGCAUCUGGUCUGUCAAGGCACAGGCACAGUCACAUUGGGGAGAAACCAUGCAAGUGUGGAGAUUGUGGGAAGGGAUUCAGUUACCCCUUUGAACUGGAAAUUCAUCGACGCAGUCACACUGGGGAGAGGCCAUUCACCUGCUCUGUGUGUAGCAAAGGAUUCACUCAUUUUUCUGCCCUGUUGAAGCAUCGGCGUGUUCACACUGAUGAGAGACCUUUCAACUGCCCAGACUGUGGGAAAUGCUAUAAGAGUUCAGGAGAACUUACAUGCCAUCAGCGUAUUCACACUGAUGAGAGACCAUUCAGGUGUUCUCACUGUGGGACUGGAUUCAGGCGAUCAUCUGACCUCACUGUGCAUCAGCGCACUCACACUGGGGAGCGGCCAUUCACCUGCUCUGAGUGUGGAAAGGGAUUCCCUCAGUCAUCCCAGCUCACAGCUCAUCAAUUAGUUCACACUGACCAGAGGCCCUUUAAAUGUUCUGACUGUGAGAAGAGCUUUAAAAGCAAAAAGGUUCUGCUAACACACCAACAAGUUCACACUGGGGAGUGGCCUUUCAUCUGCUCUGUGUGUGGGAAAGGAUUUGCUCGUUCAUCACACCUCCAGAAGCACCAACGAGUUCACACUGGGGAGAGACCAUUCUUCUGCUCUGUGUGUGGGAAAGGAUUUGCUCAGUCAUCCACACUACUGAGACACCAGCGAGUUCACAAGUAAUUGCUGGGGUUGGACUCUGCUAUUAACCACAUAAGAAGUGACUGCUAUUCAUUGGGUUUUUGUCUUCGCAUUUUGCUGGACUGAAGUUUAAGGUUUUAAUUAAAUAUUAA